AUGCUAAAUCUUUUUUUAACGUUGUCAACUGAAUCAAAUAUAACAUAUCCCGUAUGCAAUAGAUCAACUGGUACACCAGUAUGUCAAUAUGUUGAAUGGGAUACGUCAAAACCUGGAAUACCUUGUAAUAGACUACCAAGCGAGUAUAGGUAUUGCACAAUUCAAGGACUUGAUAAAUUCAACAGUUAUUUUGGGUAUGCAGAUGACGAAUCAUUACCAAAAAACGGAUGCAAUGGAGAAUUCCAGGAUAUUAACCGCUUUGGACAGGCUAUUUGCCAACCUGCAGAAGGUAUUGAGUGCCUUGGUGACAAGUAUUGGAUUGUACAAGAUGCAAGAUGCUUUGUUGAUGGAGAAAAAUCAUAUAUAACACUUUUACUAUGUUCUAUAUUCUUUGGAAUCUUUGGAGUAGACAGAUUUUUACUUGGAAACCCUGUUCUCGGUGUUGUUAAGCUUUGUACCCUUGGCGGUUUCUUCAUAUUCUAUUUUGUUGAUAUUAUUCUUAUUUCUCUUGGAAAACUUCAGCCUCUUACAGCAGCUUUCAAGAAUUCUUAUUAA